GUUCCAUUCUACGUGCGGUGAGUUUCGGAGACUCGGUGAAUUUUACAUACUUUCCCAGUUCUUUCUGUUUUUGAAGUUCCUCUCCGUUGAAAUAACUACAAAGUAUGUAAAAUUGGAGAUGACGGCGUUGUGCUUCUCACUCGCACCACCAGAAAUUCAGUCUGUGUUUUGCAUCCUACUUGCACGCACACAACUUUUCCAAAACUGCUGGUUAAGUCUUUCCGAAAACAUCAAGAUUUCUUCGCUCCUCUCGGAAAGUUGUUGGUUUCCUCUAGGUCCCGAAGCGACAUGCCGAUUCCACCAUAGUUCCGGCCGCAACCAAGCCAACAAAAAAGCAUGGGAUUUACAACCUCACCGGCCAAUCAUGAGUCUUCUGGACACCCAGCCCCAGAAUCUGCAGCCCAAUGACCAGCCCAAGCUUACCGAUGUCCUGAAGUGACCAAUGUUUUAACGGUGGUGUUGCCGACAACGAGAUGGGAUCAUAGCAGGCAUUGACAUUUUUGAAUAAAUUUUUUCACUUGUACGUCAGAUAGAAGGAAAAUCACACGUGCUUUUUUGCUAGUACAAAUAUAUCGAGUUCUUUUGUAAGAAAAACUACAUUUCCUAUUACGGUCCGAAAUUCGAACUUAUCCCAGCGGAAACCUCCGGAAGCGGCAGGUAAAACCCGUUAAGAUUACCCGGCCAGUAGAGUCCGAGGUUUUAAUAUUUGGUCCUUCCCACCGGCAGGUAAAACCCGUUAAGA